CUGUCAGACGUCUACACCCUGAGCUGGGACCUGCCCCCGUUACCUGGCAACGGGACGGACAUGUUUGAUGAAGAAGAAGAAGACCAGGAAAUGACACGUACCAAAGAGAAGACCGACUCACCAGGACCAGCACCGGGACCAGGACCACCCAAACCCAACGAUACACCACCAGACCAAGACCAGACCGAAGAACCGGGUAAGACUGUCCAUCUGUCAGAACCAGAAGAAGGACAAGACCUGGAGGAACCUGAACGGACCGGACUGGAGGUACCCAGGCCAGACUCAGAACUGGACUCCUGUGCAUCAGAACAAGUAGACCCUGCAGAACCACUUCAAGAACCUUUGGUAGAACCGACAUCUGUGGACCCAUCAGGACCAGAUCAUCUGGAGGACCAUCACCUGGACCAUCUGGACCAUCACCUGGACCAUCACCUGGACCAUCUGGAGGACCAUCACCUGGACCAUCUGGACCAUCACCUGGACCAUCACUUGGACCAUCUGGAGGUGACCACACCAGAUGACAAGAUGUCCAAAGUGUCCGUCCACGCUGAAGGAGGUCUAUCAGAACCAACUGUAGACCUCCUGCUGCACCCUGAAGACCAGACCACCAACCCCAGUCCACAUCCAGGUCCAGUUCUGACAGAUGGAGAAUCUGUUCCAUCGGCGCCAUCCGAGGAACCGCCUACCCUGAACAAGUCCAAUGGGACCAUCACCCUGACCCCCUCAACCACAGAUGAGGUCCAGAUGGAUCCACCGGGUCCACCUGAAGUCCAGAUGGAUCCACCUGAGGUCCAGAUGGAUCCUUCUGAUCCACCUGAGGUCCAGAUGGAUCCACCGGGUCCACCUCCACCUGUUAGUGCGGUCCAGAUGGAUCCACCUGGUCCACCUGAGGUCCAGAUAGAUCCACCUGGUCCACCUGAGGUCCAGAUGGGUCCUCCCGGUCCACCUAAGGUCCAGAUGGAUCCACUGGGCCCACCUGAGGUCCAGAUGGAUCCACCUGGUCCACCUGGUCCACUUCCUUCCAACCCCUUCAGCAUCCAGAAGGUCAAGUCCUCUGACCUCAAGUCCUUCCAGAGAAUCCUGGGUGAAGACCAGGACCGCUCUGGUGGUCCCGGGCUGGGGGUCCAUCUGUCCGUACCCAUGGAAACCCUGGAGAUCAUCUCGGACUCUGAGGACGGAUCCGCCUCCGCCGCAGAGGUCGUGCCCGACUGGUUGAAAGACGGGGAGUUUGUUACCGUGGGAACCAAUAAGAGCGGCACCGUGCGCUACGUGGGCCACGUGGACUUCGCAGAGGGGACCUGGGUGGGCGUGGAACUGGAGGUCCCAGCAGGUAAGAACGACGGUUCCGUGGGCGGCAAACACUACUUCCGCUGUAACCCCGGUUACGGCGUCCUGGUGAGGCCCGACAGAGUGAGCAGAGGCGGGGCCAAGCGCCGGCGGCAGCAGCACAAACACCGCAGCGCCAACCUAUCAGGAUCCAGCCCCAACCUGGCCGCCCUCACCGCAUUGGCCAAAGGCGAAGGGGGCGGGGCGUCGUCUGGCCGAAGCAGAGGGGAGAACCGCAAGUCGUGGAACACGUGAACGCGACCAAACAGCCGGUUGGCUGACGCCCACUGAGCGGGGGGGCCUGGCCUCAGGGGUGGAGGUGGGUGGGGUUUAUGGGCGGAGCAUGAACUGAAACAUGGAACGAAAAUGUGAAUGUUUGAAACAAAAGCAGACGAACAGUUUCAGCUGAAACCAGAAGCACAUCAGACCUGUUUGAGUUUAAAGGGUUUGAAGGGUUUCUGCUUCGACUCUGCAGCUGUCAGUGUUCUUAACCCUGUCCUUAACCCUGUCCUUAAACCUGUUCUUAACCCUGUCCUUAAACCUGUCCUGAAACCUGUUCUUAACCCUGUCCUUAAACCUGUCCUGAAACCUGUUCUUAAACCUGUCCUUAACCCUGUCCUGAAACCUGUUCUUAACCCUGUCCUUAAACCUGUCCUGAAACCUGUUCUUAAACCUGUCCUUAACCCUGUCCUUAAACCUGUUCUUAACCCUGUCCUUAAACCUGUCCUGAAACCUGUUCUUAACCCUGUCCUUAACCCUGUCCUUAAACAUGUCCUUUAACCUGUCCUUAACCCUGUCCUUAACCCUUUCCUUAACCCUGUCCUUAAACCUGUCCUUAACCCUGUCCUUAAACCUGUCCUUGACCCUGUCCUUAAACCUGUUCUUGACCCUGUCCUUAAACCUGGUCUUAACCCUGUUCUUAACCCUGUCCUUAAACCUGUUCUUAAACCUGUCCUUAAACCUGUUCUUAACCCUUUCCUUAAACCUGUCCUGAAACCUGGUCUUAACCCUGUCCUUAAACCUGUUCUUAACCCUGUCCUUAAACCUGUUCUUAACCCUGUCCUUUAACCUGUUCUUAACCCUGUCCUUAAACCUGUUCUUAACCCUUAAACCUGUUCUUAACCCUGUCCUUAAACCUGUUCUUAACCCUGUCCUUAACCC